AGAACCCUUCUCAAACUGCAACGGAUCAAUCUUCUCCACAUCACUGGGGCAUAUAAGACAACGCCUACGUCAGCUCUGCAGGUUUUGGCAGGCAUCCCUCCACUUCACAUCACAGUAAAGUCAACAUGGGCGCGUUAGACAAUGCUAAACCUAAAAGUCUCUGAGCAAAAAAAGGAAGAUCUAUUCACCUUCCUUAACAUUGGGUACUUACCUAACUUAGACAUAGAUAAUACUCUUCUUCUGGAUCUCGACACUGAUGUUUCCCACAAUCCUCCUCCGGGGAUCCACCCAGGGAAAAGUUUUCCCAUUGAUGAUGGGAGCACAGACAACAGCAAUUGUUGUGAGUACUCAAUCUGUACAGACGGUUCUAGGUCUGACCACGGGGUGGGGGCAGCUAUCGUAUGCUACAGGCGUGCAGAGGCUGCCCCGUGGUACACGGACACUUAUCGCCUAGCGGACUUUUGCUCCAACACAGAAGCCGAGCUCUUCGCUAUCUUAAAGGCACUGUGCUUUAUCAAUACAACUGCUGAACUGUCAAAUGCUCAGGUGUGUAUUUUUUCAGACAGCAAGACUGCUCUCUCUGGUCUUCGUAACUUUAAACAUAAAGGUCAGUUACAUAUACAGAUCAUAAAUGAACUUAGUAGGAACAGAGGGAAAAUUAUUUUCAAAUGGGUGCGUGCACACGUUGGAACGCCUGGAAACGAGGCGGCAGACCAGCUGGCCAAGGAAGCUGCCUCCAGCGCUGCGACGCCCAGUUUCUACGACAUUCCUCUGGUGACAACAAAAAAGCUUAUUUUCCAAACUUCAGUUAGGAUUUGGCAGAGGAACUGGGAAGAAGAGUCGACUGGCCGUAGCACCUUUAAGUUCAUUCGUAACAUUUUACAAAGGUUAAAUAGCAAGCAUCUUGUGAUUGACUACAUCACUAGCCAGCUAUUGUCUGGCCAUGGUAACUUUAAAAGCUACCUACACCGCUUUAAUCACAGUGACUCCCCCUUCUGCCAGUGUGAUCAUACAUCCUUGCAAGACAACUUUCACUUGAUUUACGAGUGCCAUAUUUUUGAUCAGCAAAGGCUUAAACUUAUCCAGACUGUGUUACUCGAAGGCAGCAACUGGCCCAGUAAACCAAAAACGCUCAUCGACAACGAGAAAAUCUUUAAAGAACUCUACUCAUUUGUAAGAGGAAUUGGGGUCCUCGACCUCAGGAACGUUACAUCUAAUUAA